AUGCCUUCUCAACAAAACUUCAAAACUUCAAAUUCAAAGCCAAACUUUGAUGAACAUCUAUGGAUAAUUCACAUCCGUAGAACCAUUGAAGAAGAAUUCGAAAACGAAUGCGAAGUUCUUGUUUCCAUUUUCAAUGUUCCUAAACUUCUAAUGCUAGCAAGUCCAGAUUCCUACACUCCACAAGAAGUUGCAAUCGGUCCCUACCAUUAUUACCGUCCGGAACUUUACGAGAUGGAGCGGUACAAGCUUGCGGCCGCGAAAACGACUCAGAAACAGCUUCGAAACAACAUCAAGUUCCAAUAUAUUGUCGAUCAGUUGACGGAGCUUGAAUUGCUGGUUCGAGCAAGCUACCACAAGUUUCUUGAUUUUAGUCCUGAUACUUUGGCUUGGAUGAUGGCCAUUGAUGGAUCAUUCUUGCUAGAGUUCUUGCAAAUCUACGCUAUUCGAGAAGGCGCGACAGGUACAGGAAUUUCGUCGAGAAUGUCUCAUUUGGUUGAUUAUGCUGGCAGAAAAUCCGCUCAGAACGCGAUUCUUCGAGACAUAGUGAUGCUAGAAAAUCAAAUUCCUCUCUUUGUAUUGAGAAAGAUUCUUGAAAUUCAAUUCUCGGAUUCGGAUCUCGCUGACGACAUGCUGCUUUUCAUGCUAUCUGGAUUUUUGAAGGAGCUUUCGCCUUUCAAGAUGAUCAAAUCGGAAGCAGGAACGAGUUCUAUGCAACGAUAUUCACACUUGCUAGACUACUUAUACGAAAUGAUUGUUCCGAAAGUAGAAUUAGCGCCCCAUGAGAUAACCGAAUUACUUGAAGAUCAUCAUCGAGGAGAAGGUGAAGAAGGUUCAGAAACAUCAUCAGCUACAUAUUCGAGUUACGUAAAAGAUUUCCUUACUCAUUUUUCAAAGAUUAUCUCAAAGGUAAACAAAGGUCCCUUCAAGAUUCUCAAGAAAUUGAUAUUUUCUAGGCCUAUUAAGCUUGUAUUCGCGUUACCAUGGAAAAUACUCUCGAAUCUUCCGGGUUUUUCGAUCAUAAAACAACCAGUUCACUACUUCAUGUCCGCAGAAGAAAAAGAAGAAAUCAAAACGGAGAAUGAAAACGAUAAAAAUAAACCACCAUUAGUAGAAGAAAUUGCAAUUCCUUGUGUUACCGAUCUCUUGAAAUCUGGUGUCCGUUUCUUGCCAACGACUGGUAACAUCUCAAGCAUUAGUUUUGAUCCUAAAACAGUUACAUUUCACCUUCCUAUAAUAAGCUUAGAUGUAAAUUCGGAAGUAGUAUUAAGAAACUUGGUUGCAUAUGAAACAUCAAAUGCAUCAGGACCGUUGGUUUUUACGCGUUACACCGAGUUAAUGAAUGGGAUCAUCGAUACGGAAGAAGAUGUGAAGUUGCUUAGAGAAAAAGGCGUGAUUAUAAACAGGAUGAAAAGAGAUAAAGAAGCUGCCGAUCUAUGGAACGGAAUGAACAAGUCGAUUAGGCUUACGAAAGUCCCGUUCUUGGAUAAGGUGAUUGAAGAUGUUAAUAAGCAUUAUAACGGACGAUGGAUAGUUAAAACUAGGAAUUUCUUGAAGAGUUAUGUGUUUGGUUCUUGGCAGUUUUUGACAUUACUUGCUGCAAUUUUUCUUUUGAUGCUCACUACAUUACAAGCUUUCUGCUCGGUCUAUAUGUGUUCUCGCUUCUUUAAUAUUCACAACGAUCGAUCUGACUAGUUUCCUUUAACCAUAGACUUGUUACGCUGUUUAAAUGAACUCAUUGGUUCUGCGUCCACCAAAAGUCGGUAACCUUGGUCACGUAAUCAAUCCAUUAUUUGAAUCUGUUUAUUUCUCUAUAUAUUUUUUUAUUCUUAUUAAAGAAUAUUUGUAUGCAUAUUUGGUGUGUGUUGAUUUGUUACUUAAGGAACAAGUUAAGUGGGUUUUCUUCCAUUAAUCAGGGAAUGUUUGUUUGUAAUGAUGAUAAGAUUGUGUUAUUAAUUAUUUAAUGAUAUGUGGCCAUAUAGA